AUGUUUAGGAAUUUCAGGCUGGUCAGAAAAUGGAAGUUUUUGCAGCUUAUCUCUAUGUGCUGUGUCCUGUCGACCCUCUUGGUCUGCUGGGAGGAGGUAGACCAUCAUGUCAUAAGCCAUGUCAGGUCCUACUCCUAUCGCUACCUGAUCAACAGAUACGACUUCAUUAACAAGAGCUUCGCUGUGAGUCGAGAGGAGGCAGACAGCUUUGGCAGGUUUCCAUACCUCAUCAACCCGCAGGAAAUUUGUGCACACAAGGACGUGUUACUACUUCUCUUUGUUAAAUCCUCUCCUGAGAACUUCAGAAGGAGACAGAUCAUUCGCUCUACAUGGGGAAACCAAACUUACAUCAAGCAGGAACUUGGGGUCAAUGUGAAGGUGGUGUAUGUUAUGGGUGUCCACCCAAAUCCACAUCAGCGAGCUGCUGUUCAAAAGAAGCUCAAUGAUGAGGAUCAGAUUCAUAGUGAUUUGCUCCAGCAGAACUUUAUGGACACCUUCCAUAACCUGACUAUUAAGCUGCUGCUGCAGUUCCGCUGGGCACAUGCCAGCUGCGCCCAUGCUCGCUUCCUAAUGUCAUCUGAUGACGAUGUCUUUGUUCACAUGCCCAACUUGGUGCAGUCUCUCCAGGCGCUUAGCAAGCAGGACGUUGAGAAUCUUUGGAUCGGCCACGUUCAUCGGGGUGCGCCUCCUGUUAGACUCAAGUCCAGCAAAUAUUACGUGUCCUUCCAGAUGUACCAAUAUUCAUCUUAUCCAGAUUACACAGCAGGUGCAGGAUACGUGGUGUCCAGAGAAGUAGCAGCCAAAAUUUACCAUGCCACAAUGACCCUCAACGCCUCUCUACAUAUUGAUGAUGUUUUCAUGGGCAUCUGCGCCGUCACGGUCGGGGUCUCACCCCAGGAACAUGUUUACUUCGCUGGUGAGGCGAAAGCCCCCUAUCACCCGUGUAUUUAUGAAAAGAUGAUCACUUCACACGGACAUGAAGAUGACGUCAGAUAUCUCUGGAAGGCAGCAACCACGCCAGAGGCAAAGGGCAUCUCGUCAGGUUUCUUUGGGAACCUGUACUGUAAAGCUGUGAAAAUGUUUCUGCUUUGUAAACCUUUCUUUUCAAACACGUACUCCUGCCGGGCAGCUUUUUCAUAACAUACUGUGAGCUUAACAAUGUUAAUGCAGUAUUUAUUGUCCUGAAUUUCCCAAGUUACAAUAAAAAAGUCAAAAGACAUGUAUGUAGGAAUUUUUACCUCAUUUUAAGUAGAAAUAUCAAAUGUACCUCAGUCCUUUUUAGUCUUUCAAAGAUUUUUUUAAUAAAACAUACUUUGUCUUUAUUACCUGAUUUUUCUCGUGUUUGUCACUCCCUCCGCCAACCUUUUCUCCCAUACGCUUGUCUAGACUAACCAGUCACUUCCUGU